ACCCAUCGCUCCACAAAGGCCGCGGCCCUUGCAGAGCAAGGGGAAACCCUACUUAAGUCUCAGAGCAAGUGACGUAACUGAUUGAAACGCUACUAGCGCGUACCCGCUAACUAGCUAGCCAUUUCACAUCCGUUACACAUUACGACCCUGAACUGCCAGUGAAGUUGGCUUGUGACGCGUCCCCUUAUGGCUUAGGGGCCGUCCUUUCACACACACUGAAAGAUGGGUCAGAGAGGCCAGUUGCAUUCGCGUCACGAACAUUGAAUGAUGCAGAGAAAAACUACUCACAAAUUGACAAAGAAGCACUGGCGCUAGUGUGUGGCGUCAAGAAAUUCCACGCAUACCUAUAUGGCAAGCGUUUCACACUGGUUACGGAUCACCAGCCGUUGCUUUCCAUUUUCAGUCCAAAGAAAGGCAUUCCGGCAAUGACAGCAGCCAGGUUACAGCGAUACGCCUUGUUCCUCCCAGUCAUAUGUAUGACAUUGAGUUUAAGCCGUCGUCCCUCCACACAAAUGCAGAUGGAUUAUCCAGACUGCUGUGUACAAGAGAAAGACAAAGGAGUGUGGAUGCAGUGGACAUUUUCCAUACCGCUCAGCUCGAGGCACUACCGGUCACAAGCACAGUUAUCAAACAGGAGACAAGGAAAGAUGUGACCUUGUCAAAAGUGUACACCUACACCAUGUCAGGAUGGCCAGCUACUGGCAGAAAGGAGCUGACUCCGUAUUUCCAGCGGAGAAACGAAAUUACAACGUACCAAGGAUGUUUGAUGUGGGGAAUGAGAGUCAUGAUACCCCAGAAAUACCAACAUCAGGUUUUGCAGCAACUACAUGAAGGUCAUGUUGGAAUUGUCAAAAUGAAGCUGCCCGCAAGGAGCCACUUCUGGUGGCCAGGUCUGGAUCAACAGAUAGAAAAUAUGGCAAAGAACUGUAGCGGAUGUUUGGAAACCCUUCACAUGCCUGCUCCUGUCCCAGUCCACCCUUGGGAAUGGCCCACAGAGCCAUGGCAGAGAAUUCAUGUGGACUACGCUGGUCCCUUUGAAAAGCACAUGUUUCUGGUUAUAGUUGAUGCCCAUUCCAAAUGGCCAGAGGUGUUUUGCACUGACUCCUCCACCUCAGCUCAGAUGAUAGAGUGUCUCAGAACAACGUUUGCACGCUUCGGAUUGCCGCUGCAGCUAGUAAGUGACAACGCGCAAGCUUUUGUAAGUGACGAAUUUACAAGAUUCAUGUCAGUAAAUGGAAUCAAACACUCAACCUCAGCUCCGUACCACCCUGCCACCAAUGGGCUGGCAGAACGCUUUGUGCAAACCCUAAAGCAAGGACUCCGGGCAGCAAAACGAGAUGAAGGGACUUUGAAAACAAAACUGGCCAAGUUCCUGGUCUCCUACCGAAACACCCCACAUGCCACGACAAAUGAAAGCCCAGCCGCAUUGAUGUUCGGGAGGUCUCUCCGCACACGGCUGGACAUCAUGAAGCCUAACAGGCGUAAUGGAGUGCUGAACAAACAAGCCAAGAUGCUCUCCGGUGGCCGGGAGCACCAUCUCCAAACAGGUCAGGAAGUGAUGGUGCGAGACUACAGAAGAGGAGGGAAAUGGACAAGAGGGACCGUACAUACACAAACGGGACCCAGAACUUACCAGGUUCAAGUGAGCCCAGACAUAAUGUGGCGGCGUCACAUUAACCAAAUGCAUUCCACGGAAAACAGCACAACAAUCGAGAGAGAACAGGCACAGAGAGCUCCUGAGAGUGACACACAAGGAACUGUAGAGGAUGGUGGAGCAGUAAAGAGACCCCAGGCUGAAAGAAGGGAACGUGUUGAUGAAGGUGCUGCUAUAGCAGAAGCUAUAAGGGAGCAAGCACACACUGAGGAUGUUCAGGAGCCUCCAGAGAAUCCUAGGCGCUACCCAGAACGAAGGCACCGUCCACCAGACAGACUGGACUUAAAAGCAAACAAACAAAAACUAACUGUUCAAGUUCAAAUUAAAAGAUGCAAAAUAACUACAACAAGUUCUGGGAAGUGUUUCAGUUGUGGUUUGGUAAAAGUAACUCUGAUUGUAUAAGAGAAGGAAUGUUAUGUUCUGUUAAUUACUCAUGUCCCCUUUAAGAAUGGAGCACCCUUGGUCAUGCGCAGUGUUGUUCUAUGUUAUUCUGGUACUAACUCAUUUCAGUAAAUGUGAAGCUCCAGUUCCAUUUCUUGUAUUCAGAGGCUUUCUUAUUAUAUAAAUAAGUAAUAAGAGCUAAGACACUACACGUGUUUAAAUAUCAUAUUUAAAAAUCAGUUUACAUAAUUGUGUUGUGUCCAAUACAGUGGCAACCUUACAGAGAACCAUAUUGUCAAUUAAUUGCUAUUAAGA